AUGAUGCCGUUGAUCGAGGGUACAGCCCGUCGCAUUGGUGAAUUUUCUUUUUGCCGUGAUUGGCGAGGCGAUCCAUUUACAAAUUCGGCCAACUUUUUUCGUGGUGAACCUCAUAUCCGCUUGCCCGAUCUAGUCAUUUGUCUGGAUACCUGGGCACCUCUCAGACCUGGUGGUAGCACUAUAGUGCGUGAUUCUGCCAAAAUGCUCAUUCCCACUGUUGCUGUAGUUGAUACAAACUCAGACCCACGACUUGUUACUUAUCCGGUGCCUGGAAAUGAUGAUUCCCCUGUCUCUGUCAGACUCUUCUGCGCUUGCUUCGCGGCUGCUGUGGAGGCGGGUAAGUCCCGCGCUCGUUAUGACAAUAGCAUCCUAACCGGUCAGAAUGGGGAUCAAACGGACGUUAAAGCCGGCCAACAUAAAGGCGGUUUUGGUGAUACAGGUUCGGAAUGGCCUGAUGAGAUUGCAGCCAGAGAGCUGGGCAGAGCUCAGCCAGUCGUCCCAGAAAUAUCAACUGAUGACUGGUUGCCAGAAGAGGAUACUGGUUUGGAAGAUUUAAAAAUUGUAACUCCAGCAGAUAGUGAGCAGCCAAAUCUCGCCGACCGAUCUUCGAAAUCUGUCGAAAAACUAGACAACAGCUAG